GAUAAGGCUAAAGAGCGCCUGCGACAAGCUUCGAACGGAGCCUAUGACUCAAAACUCGAAUCAUGGCGAUCUACCGGAAUCGGAAUUCAAUUGUGCAACAUGCUGUAUCUCGACGCACGAGUGGAGAGCCCCGAACUGCUGUCCAGCAAAGCAGAAGAGAUUCUCUUCAGGAUACACCAGCGCAUGGACAAGUACAUGAGCGAGCAGCAAAGGCGCCAAGACAAUCUCCGUGUGCGUCCCGAGGGACUCAAGACGUUAUGGGAUGCCGCCGACGUCUGCUCGGUGCCUGCCCUCAUGUAUCAGGUCUCGCAGUCCCCCAAUAUCAACAUCGAUGCGAUCAAUCCUGAAACUGGUCAAAGUCCUCUGCACUAUGCUGCUCGGCACGAAGACGGUCUCAACUUUGUGUCCUGCCUCCUGCGACUCAACGCAACCGUUGACUUGGUCUGCUCCGAGGGUCGGACGGCUCUGUAUUUCGCCGCUGCCCAUGGCUACGCCGACAUUGCUCGGCAGCUUCUCGCCAGCGGUGCCAACCCCAACGCUUUCACCAAGGACGGCAUGUCGCCUCUGUUGAUUGCAGCCCAGAAUGGCCACCUGGAUGUCAUCCGCGUGCUUGGCGAAUACGGCGUCAAUCUGCUCUCCACCAACAACGAGGGCGAAAGCGCCCUGUACAAGGCUUGCGAGAUCGGCAGCGAAGAUAUCGUGCAGUAUUUCGUCCAGCACGACAUUGAUGUCAAUGGCACAACUCGCAGCCAGAUGAGCGACCUGCUCGUCGCGUGUGUCAAAGGCCAUCUGAACAUUGUGAAGCAGCUGCUCGCAAACGGCGCCCGUCUUACCGACCGCAACCUCCGAGGAGCCUCGUGCCUGUAUUUGGCUGCCCAGAACGGCCACAUGGACGUCAUCCGGACCUUGGCCGAUGCCGAGCGCAAGGCGUUGGCGGACUUUUCAACCGAUCCAACCCCGGUUCCCGACAGCGACGCAAAGGCAGUGGGCGGCUUGACAGCCGCACGCCCAUCGCCUCUUGUGGAAGAAGCCGACCGCGAAGGAUGGACGCCUCUCAUCAUCGCUUGUUGGAACGGCGAUGUCGAUGUCGUCAAGGGCCUUGUGGAAGAGCUGGGUGCCGACAUCCAUGCCCGCGCGCUUGACGGCACCACAGCCCUGUACGUCGCAGUCCAACGCGGAAACACCAAUGUCUUCAAGCUCCUACUCGAGAAGGAUGCUGAGUAUGCAGCCCGAAGUCGCUCGGAGGACUCGGCAUUGUCAUCCUCAGCCAACAAGCCGACCCGUAUACCUCUGGUGAACCAGGAACAAAAGAACGGAUGGACGCCGUUGAUGGUGGCCUCGCUCUUUGGCUGUCUCGAGAUUGUCCAGGUUGCUGUGCGAGACUACAAUGCCGACAUUGCUACCAAGAGCAUCAACGGAACCACAGCACUGUACUUUGCGGCCCAAGCCGGGCACAUCAACAUUGUGCGCUUCCUGAUCGACAAUGCCUGUGCCACCGAGGAGGACCGCCGACGGAUGGUUAACCAAACCCGACGCAACGCCUGGACGCCGCUCAUGAUUGCUGCCGGAAACAACCAUCCGGAUGUCGUGCGGUGCCUGGUGGACGAGUACGGCGCCGAUUUGCUCCUCCAGAACUCAAGUGGCCAAAGCGCACUCUUUGUUGCAGUUCAGUGGCUCGAUGCGGGCGGCCUUGCCUUCAUGAUCGACCGAGAAACGGAUCUCCGGAUGCAAACGAGCCCUGAGUUGGCGCACGAUCGGAAGCAGGCUCAGCAGCUCGUUGUCAACCAACCCGACCCAAGCCCUGCUGGAAAAGUACUCGGUCUCGCUCACCCACACCAACGAUCCUGAAGGAACAACGGCAGUUCAUCUGGCAGCCAGGCUUGGCUUUGUGGAGAUGCUGAAGCUGCUGUUCGAACACCAGCGCACAACCAAUCCCGCAGGGCUCGCCGCCCUUGUGAACGUGCGCAAGCUGGAGCAAUGGACGCCGCUCAUGGUUGCAGCGCUGAAUGGCCAAGACGAGAUAUGCCGUGUCUUGCUGCAAGAGUACGGCGCCGAUCCUUGUGCAUGCAGCAGCAACGGCGCUACUGCCCUCUAUUGUGCUGCUCAAAACGGCCAUCUGAAAGUGGUGCGACUGCUGCUGAACGAGCAUUCCGCUCGCGGCCAGCUGCCCGAGAUGAUC